AUUUGACAGGCGGAGGCGGAGCCAUCUCAGGCAGCCGCCUCACAGCGAUGGCGGCCGAGCAGGGCCGGCGGCGGUGGCGGCUGCAGCUACGGCUGGAGACGGCAGUGGAGGAACCAGCGGUGGGUGGCGGGGGCCUGUGACCAGGAGGUGCCCCCGGGCUCAGGCACCAUGAGCCAAGGCCCCCCGCCAGUGGAGAGCGGCGAACCCGAAGCAAAGGUCCUCCACACCAAGCGGCUUUACCGGGCUGUGGUGGAGGCUGUGCAUCGACUAGACCUCAUCCUUUGCAACAAAACUGCUUAUCAAGAAGUAUUCAAACCAGAGAACGUUAGCCUGAGGAACAAAUUGCGUGAGCUCUGUGUGAAGCUUAUGUUCUUGCAUCCGGUAGACUAUGGGAGGAAGGCUGAGGAGCUACUGUGGAGAAAGGUAUACUAUGAAGUUAUCCAGCUUAUCAAGACUAACAAAAAGCACAUCCAUAGCCGGAGCACCUUGGAAUGUGCCUACAGGACUCAUCUGGUUGCAGGCAUUGGCUUCUACCAGCAUCUCCUUCUCUAUAUCCAGUCCCACUACCAGCUUGAACUGCAGUGCUGCAUUGACUGGACUCAUGUCACUGACCCCCUCAUAGGAUGCAAGAAGCCAGUAUCUGCUUCAGGGAAGGAGAUGGAUUGGGCACAGAUGGCAUGCCACCGAUGUCUGGUAUACCUGGGGGAUUUGUCACGCUAUCAGAAUGAACUGGCUGGUGUGGACACUGAGCUGCUAGCUGAAAGGUUUUACUACCAAGCCUUGUCAGUAGCUCCCCAGAUUGGAAUGCCCUUCAACCAGCUGGGCACCCUUGCAGGCAGCAAGUAUUACAAUGUGGAAGCCAUGUAUUGCUACUUGCGCUGCAUCCAGUCAGAGGUGUCCUUUGAGGGAGCCUAUGGGAACCUUAAGAGGCUAUAUGACAAGGCAGCCAAAAUGUACCAUCAGCUGAAGAAGUCUGAGACCAGGAAGCUCUCCCCUAGCAAAAAGCGAUGUAAAGACAUUAAGAGGUUGUUGGUAAACUUCAUGUACCUGCAGAGCCUGUUACAGCCCAAAAGUAGCUCCAUGGACUCAGAACUGACCUCACUUUGCCAGUCUGUCCUAGAGGAUUUCAACCUCUGCCUCUUCUACCUGCCCUCCUCUCCCAACCUUGGCCUAACGAACGAGGAAGAGGAAGAGUGCGAAAGUGGAUAUGCUUACCUCCCUGACCUCCUCAUCUUUCAGAUGGCCAUUAUCUGCCUUAUGGGUGUGCACAGUUUAAAGAGAGCAGGAUCCAAGCAGUACAGUGCAGCCAUUGCUUUCACCCUUGCCCUCUUCUCCCACCUUAUUAAUCAUGUCAACAUACGGCUGCAGGCGGAGCUGGAAGAGGGCGAGAACCCUGUCUCGGCUUUUCAGAGUGAUGGCACAGAUGAACCAGAAUCAAAAGAACUACUAGAAAAAGAGGAACCAGAGCCUGAGCCUCCCACUGUGAUGCCCCAAACUGAUGAGGGUAGAAAGAGCCGUAAACACUCCCGACUCUCUUGUCUUCGUCGCCGCCGCCGCCGCCGCCACCAUCCUCCUAAAGCUGGUGAUGACAGUGACCUAAGUGAAGGUUUUGAAUCAGACUCAAGCCAUGACUCUGUCCAGGCCAGUGACGGCUCAGACAGUGGCUCUGAUAAGAGUCUAGAAGGCAGGGGCACUGCUUUUGAUGCAGAGACAGACUCAGAAAUGAACAGCCAGGAGUCCCGGUCAGACCUGGAAGAUAUGGAGGAUGAAGAGGGAACAAGGUCUCCAGCUCUGGAGCCUCCUCAGGCCAGGUCAGAGGUUCCUGAAGCCCUCAACGGCCCUCUGGGCCCCAGCGAUGCCAGCAAUCUGCAGGCCAUGUCCACCCAGAUGUUCCAGACCAAGCGCUGCUUCCGACUGGCCCCCACUUUCAGCAACCUGCUCCUGCAGCCCACCACGGAACCCAACAGUGUGGACAGUCACAGGUCGUGUGUCAAUGGAGAUGUGGACAAGCCUUUAGAGCCAGCCUCUGAGGAUGGCUCUGAGUCAGAGGGGAGCGAGUCCAGCAGCCGCUCCUGUCGCAAUGAGCGCAGCCUUCAGGAGAAGCUGCAGGCCCUGAUGGCUGAGGGCCUCCUUCCUGCUGUGAAGGUCUUCCUAGACUGGCUGCGGACCAACCCUGACCUCAUCAUCGUCUGUGCACAGAGCUCUCAAAGUUUGUGGAACCGCCUGUCUGUGUUGCUGAAUCUGUUGCCAGCAGCUGGUGAACUCCAGGAUUCUGGCCUGGCCCUAUGUCCUCAAGUCCAUAGUCUCCUUGAAGGCUGUGAGCUGCCUGACCUCCCUGCUGGCCUGCUGCUCCCAGAGGAUAUGGCACUGCGAAACCUACCUCCUCUCCGGACUGCUCAUAGACGCUUUAACUUCGAUGCAGAUCGGCCCCUGCUCAGUGCUUUAGAGGAGUCAGUGGUGCGCAUCUGCUACAUCCGCAGCUUCGGGCACUUUGUGGCUAGAUUACAAGGCAGCAUCCUACAGUUCAAUCCCGAGGUCGGCAUCUUCGUCAGCAUCGCUCAAUCUGAGCAAGAGAGCCUGCUGCAGCAGGCUCAGGCCCAGUUUCGUAUGGCAGAGGAGGAGGCUCGGCGGAACAGGCUCAUGAGAGACAUGGCUCAGCUACGGUUACAGCUCGAGGUCUCCCAGCUGGAAGGGAGCCUGCAGCAGCCCAAGGCCCAGUCAGCCAUGUCUCCCUACCUCAUCCCUGACACCCAGGCCCUCUGCUACCACCUCCCUCUCAUCCGCCAGCUGGCCACUAGUGGCCGCUUUAUCAUCAUCAUUCCAAGAACAGUGAUCGAUGGCCUGGAUUUGCUGAAAAAGGAACAGCCAGGGGCCCGGGAUGGGAUCCGGUACCUGGAGGCAGAGUUUAAAAAAGGAAACAGAUACAUUCGCUGCCAGAAGGAGAUGGGAAAGAGCUUUGAACGGCAUAAACUGAAGCGGCAGGAUGCGGAUGCCUGGACUCUCUAUAAGAUCCUGGACAGCUGCAGACAGCUAACUCUGGCCCAAGGGGCAGGGGAGGAGGACCCGAGUGGCAUGGUGACCAUCAUCACAGGCCUUCAUUUGGACAACCCCAGUGUGCUCUCUGGGCCCAUGCAGGCCGCCCUGCAAGCUGCCGCCCAUGCCAGUGUGGAUGUCAAGAAUGUUGUGGACUUCUACAGGCAGUGGAAGGAGAUUGGUUGAGAUUGGGCCCCAAGCCCUGCAGUGGGGCUGACUCCAGAUUUCUCCUGCGCUCUCUGGCAACCAGGACCACCACCUGCAGUCACCCACCACACGCAAACAGGAAGUCCAGCUUCACUGAGGCUGCAGGGAGGGCCCAGGAGCCAGCUGGGAGGAUGGGGCCCUGUUGCUAAGGCGAAAUCAGGAUAGUGCGGAAGUGCUUGGAGUAGGAGUGGCUUGUGGGCCCUCUCCAGCCUUCCACCUUACCCCUGCUGUCCCGGGGCGGGGCGGGGCGGGGCAGGGGCAGGCAUGGGUGUCUGCACUUCAUUGGAGCAGUUCCUGGACUUCUGAGAGGAAAGGACACCAGAAGGGCCCUGUCCUCACCCAAGAUACAGGGUGGGUGGGGCUCGGAGUUUGGGCCCCUGGCUCUCAGGGAAGAGUUGGGAGAUGCUAAGUGUCUGCGUGGUUCUCUGCAGACCCUGCCUAUCCUCAAGGACCCUCCCCCCUCGUCUUCCAUGGGGACAGGGCAGCUCUGGAGCCAGCUGAGGUGGCUCUUAGGGAAGCAGGGCCUGAAAUGGCCUACACCAUAGAGCAGGGGCUGCACACUCUGAGGCCCCACUUCCUUUCUGCCACCUCCAGCUUCCAGGCCCUUAGGGUGUGGGGUUACUGGCUUUCUGCCAGCAGCCAUCCCUUCCCCACCAGUUCCACAGUCACUGUGCUUUGUGCUCUUGGCUGCUGUGCUGGAUAAGGGGUGCCAAUGAGGGAGUGAGGGCCAAGGCCACCCCCCUCACCAUCCAGGGAGGGCUGGAGGAAGGGUGGCAGAGAAGAUCCCUGAACGCGGUUUACUUGGGGCCCUCUGCCCUGAACUACCCUCCUUACGCCCAUCCCCAGGAUGACAGCCCUGGCUAAGCAGGGGCUGGCUUCUGGAACGCCAAGUGACACAGAAGCAGAGAUCAUGAAUUGCUCAGGGUCAGAAUGGCACCCUGUGAGCAAAGAGCUCUGGCCAUGGCUACCCCAGUUCUACACCUCAGCCUGAAAGCAGAGCAUAGCUGGGGCUGGGUUCUUUUCUGCUUUCCCCUCCUUACCCCAACUGGCCUAGCUGCUUUGGCUGUGCUUAGAGGAGCUGGCUUCUUGCCUUCCGCUAAGACAGAGGGUUUGGGAAAACCAGGGAACAGUUGGGAUUAUCCCAAUUCUGGCAGAGACUUGAGACUCAAGCAUCACUUAAUAAAGACCCCGCCCCCAA